AUGAUAUCUGUUACUGGUUGGCAUUGGCCUAACGCUUCCUCUUGGCAAGUGAAGGAAAUUGUGGGGCACUCUCCUCCUAUCAUGGUGCCAACCAUCGGUAGUAGAGAUGAGAUCAUCUGGCUGCCCAAUAAGAAUGGGUUGUUUACUAUUGGGUCUGUUUGGAAUCUAUGGAGAAAAAAGUGGCCUAAGGUAUCUUGGGCUGAUAUUUUGUGGGGUCCUUACAACAUCCCUAAAGCUAGCUUUGUUGUUUGGAUGGCUAUCCUAGGGAGAUUGAAUACUGGGGAUAGACUUGCAACCUUUGGCAUUAAUGGGGUAUCCAAUUGUCAAUUCUGUACUCAUAAUGGGGAAGAUCACCAACAUCUUUUCUUUCAAUGUCCGUUUACAUUGCGAGUAUGGAUUGUCAUCCAAGACAAAUGCCAAGUAAAUUGGCAGAAUAUUCCAUGGAGUGACCUGCCUCAGGUUGUGGCUGCUGACUGUAAAGGUAAAUCCUUAGCCACAAUCAUUAGAAGAUUGAGCUUCUGUAGCUCACUCUAUCAUAUAUGGCUGGAAAGAAAUAAUAGAAUAUUUUCCCAUGAAAGGAAACCUGAAGAUGCGGUGGUCAAAGGCAUUGUUUCUCUUGUCAGAUAUAGACUUUUGGCUAUCUCCAACAUCAAAAGGACUCAAACUGAUGAAUGGUUCCUCCAUGAGUGGAGGCUUCCUGCCUCUAUCCUUAAAUGA